GGAGCUUUGUAAGAUGUGUGAACAACCCUUUGCAUAAUACAUCACUAAUUGGAGAGCAAGAGUGAAGGGCAAAAGAGAGAAAGAGAGAGAGAGAAGUACACACACACACACACACAGAGAGAGAGGGAGAGAGAGAGAGAGAGAGAGAGAGAGAGAAUGUUUAUGCUGCCCUUUAGAAAACAGAAAUGUUCAGUGGGCCCACAGUAGUUUAAGUAUUUCACUCAGAUAUCUCACUACCAUGUUGGAAACAUGGUAGAGGUUAAGAAAUCCUGAACAUUUUAAUAUUUUCUUCUACUUUCGUUUUUCUUUUGAGUUUUGUCUAUUUGGCAUUCUUUUUAUAUACUUUUUUCUUCCUUCCUCUUGAAUUUCUUUCUUCCUUUCUUUCUUUGUUUUUUGUUUCUUUUUUUGACUUUGGAAAGAGGAUAAGACUGCUUGUUUUCAGACCAGGGAGCAAAAAUUGAUGUAUGGAUCAUUAGAAUCAUCAUUGGAGUGACUGUCAAUGAUCUUUUUGGAGAUCUCCAGAGAAAAGAGAAGCUCAAAUGAAACUGAAUUCAGGGCUUCAUACUUGUGAGGAAGACACUGUGUCAUUGAACUACAUCCCCAGCCUAAGGAGAAUAUAAGGCCCAAGAACUCAGAAAUCAUGUGCCUCAUUGACUGAAAUGUCUACAAACUACAUCUUGGGAGGAUUUGGAGCACAUCACUGGCACCCAAAUGAUGGUUCAAGGACAAAUUCUGGAUUGGCUACAUCAGAAUCAUAUGGAAAACUUUUAAAAGCUCUGUAUUUCUCACCCUUUAGCCUUCGACAUAUAUCUGAAUAAAUCCUGAAAAAAUUAUCUGUCCAUGCUAAAUCUCCUGGAAGAAUGCACCAAAGCAAAUCGUAUAUGUGAGUUUUAAAAAAAAAAGACAAGACAAGAAUACCCUGCCAGCAAAGUGGUGAUUAUUAUCAUAUGGAAAUGUGAAGAUCUGUUCUAUAGUAUGCUCAUAAUCUAAAUGGGAGACAAUCAACUAUCAUGAAGCUCCAAGAUGCCUUCAACAACAGAAUAAACAGGAGAAAAUUACAAGGUCUUUUCAUCUGUGUUUCCACAUUAAACUUCUGUACACUUCCUGUGAACAAAGCAAAGGCAAUUAUGAAGAUAAUUCUUUGAAAAUUCCCCAAAUCAAUGAGGCUAACAGAUGUGGCAGAAGAUUAUUUUAUACUUAAUCUUUCCAUCCUUUUGAUGACGUGUCUUUUAGAAAGAAUAGCAGUUAACUGUUUAUGUAGAUUUUGAAUCAUUAUUAGGCCAUAACAAUAUCUCUAGAAAGAAUCAUGCUGGCUAAUGACACAUGUAACAGGACAGAUGGAGACAAACCUGAUUUUCGGUAUUUUAUCUAUGCAGUGACAUAUACUGUCAUUCUUGUGCCAGGUCUCACAGGGAACAUAUUAGCCUUAUGGGUAUUUUAUGGUUAUAUGAAAGAAACCAAACGUGCUGUAAUAUUUAUGAUGAAUUUAGCUAUUGCUGACUUAUUACAAAUUCUCUCCUUGCCUCUGAGGAUCUUUUACUAUUUGAACUAUGAUUGGCCAUUUGGGCCUGGCCUCUGCAUGUUCUGUUUCUACCUAAAAUAUGUCAACAUGUAUGCAAGCAUCUACUUCUUGGUAUGCAUUAGCAUACGACGAUUUUGUUUCCUCAUGUACCCCUUUCACUUCAGUGACUGCAAACAGAAAUAUGAUUUGUACAUCAGUGUUGUUGGCUGGCUCAUCAUCUGCCUUGCCUGUUUACUCUUCCCCCUUCUCAGAACCAGUGAUGACACAUUGGGAAACAAAACCAAGUGUUUUGUGGAUCUUCCUACAAGGAAUGUCAAUCUGACCCAGUCUGUUGCCAUGAUAACUAUUGGUGAAUUGAUUGGGUUUAUUACUCCACUUUUGAUUAUCCUAUACUGUACUUGGAAGACAGCUUUAUCACUGCAAAAUAAACAUCCUGUUGCUCAAGACCUUGGAGAGAAAAAGAAAGCCUUGAAGAUGAUUCUAACCUGUGCAGGAGUAUUCUUAAUUUGCUUUGCACCUUAUCAUUUCAGUUUUCCUUUGGAUUUCCUGGUCAAAUCCAAUGAAAUUAAAAGUUGUCUAGCCAGAAGAGUGAUUGAAAUAUUUCAUUCUGUAGCACUGUGUCUUGCUAGUCUGAAUUCCUGCCUUGAUCCAAUCAUAUACUACUUCACCACUAGUGAAUUUAGAAGACGUCUUUCAAGACAAGAUUUGCAUGACAGCAUCCAACUACAUGCAAAAUCUUUUGUAUGCAAUCAUACCGCUUCUACCAUGGCAACUGAAUUAUGCUGAAGACAACAACAAAAAAACCUGAAUGAAGGUAAUAGUACAUCAGAACCACAUUUGUAACACCCCAAAUUAAGGAAAUACUCACAUGAAUAAUUCACAGCUUUUCAGUUAUCCUGUAUAUGAAGAAGUCACAUUUUCACAAUAAGAUUUAUUUGUUGGAUUCUACUUCACUAUCAUUGAUAUUGAAAUGUUCCUGUAGAGAUUUUGUUAACUAUGUCCUUAAAAUUUAAAUGCUAAAAUUUUAGUAAUAUUCAGUACUUAUAUGCUGUCAACUGGAAUCAGAAGCUUUAUCUGUGAAACCAAGUCACAAAGAGAUUACUCACUCAGGACAACCAUAAGCAUUUAGUUCUUUUAGUACAGAUCAUGAAUCUCUAGACUCAAAGGGAGUGUAGAUGCCUAUUUGUACUAGAAAUCACAGUUCUCAUUUCAACAUCAUAUUUUUAUUGUAUUUGAGAUAGAACAGACAUCUGACUACUCUGUGUGAACAAAAUGUUAGCAACAUAGGUUUGUCUUUAUUUUUUCCCAUGUGGUUACACUCUAGAUGUUGAAGCUAUUUUCUUUAUUCUGUGUCAACAAGAAAUACUGCCAUUCACAGUCACUAAAUGAAAGUCUGAUCUCAGGCCUCUAGUAUAUUUAAAUUAGGAACAAUACACAGAAUUAUACACAAUAACCCUCUGGCACAUUGAAUAUAUCAAGGGCAGGUAGUUUAUCCUGCUUUACCUGAGGUGACUCAAGCAGCCUUAGGAUCAGGAGAAACCAUAAAGUAACAGUAACAACUCUUGGCUUUCUAUAUCUAUUUUUAAAGAUCACUUCUGGAGUUAUAUAGAUCUGCCUAGUAAAGGGAAUUUCAUUAUGUCUUUAAUGUGAGGUAAAUUGAGGUAACUCUGGCUGCACUUAUUGAGCCUAUGCAAGAAGUAAUGCACUAAUUAAUCACUAAGUUUGGUUCAAAGUGAAAAUGUGACCAAAAGUAAACUAUAUCACUUACAAAUAUGAACACAUUGUAUUUCUCAUUCCCAGACAGGUGUCAUCUGUAAAGCCACCUACACAAAGCAAAGUAGGGUUAAGAGACAAUCAAUCAUAUCUACCCAGAGUCUGUAUUGAUUAUCUUUUAAAAUACAGCUUUUCUCAGACAUAACAUUCUAAAUCCUUCAAUCUUACAUUCCAGAAACUGAGAAAACAAUUCUUUCACAUCUUGAGGAAGCUGAUGAUCAUUUUGGGAGCUAUAUAUGUAUCCCUUACAUUGCUCUGCCUGCUUGGUAAUAGUAGGCAAGAGAAAACUGGGAUAGUAACAGUAAUUAAAUCCAAGAUCCUAAGUAUUAGGAUAAUUUUAACAUACUUUACCAAAAAGCUAGAACUUCUAAACAGUAAUCUACUAAAAGCUAUGUCCCAUAUACUGAAGAAACAUCCUACAUUUCAUCCAGAAGAAAUGCAGAAGUCAAGCAAGUGUUUUACCAUACUUAGAAGAAGAGGUAAUUUUAGGUACACUAUUUUGAUACUAAUACGUUUUUGGGAAAACCUGGUAAAAUCACAAUUAAUUCUAAUAGUUAAAAUGAUUUGAGGUUUCUUAUCUGCACAAAUGUUGAUUUUCCUUCUACUUUGUUAGCAAAAUAAUAGUGUAUUAUACAAUGAUCUUGUGCUGCUAGCAACGGUAUAACCUAAUUAUUCAUUUUAAAUUACGUUUUGAUGUAUUACAUGAGUUUUAAAUAAGUGUUAAAUUUUGCCUGAAAAACAUUAGCUAUAACUGUGUCUUAUCUAUUUGAUUUAAAGAAACUUAACAUUUGAUUAUAAUUCAAUGUUGUAUUGGGUUUGCAAACAGUCAUUUUGUGCAGUGUGAAACUCUAAGUAUUUGUAAUGGAGAGUCUUAUCUAUAUUCUAUGUUCUUACUAUUCCCUAUAUUAGCUUGAAUUACAUUUCUUAGGGUGCCUUUAGAAUACCAGUUAUGUAAUUUUAUUGUCAUACUGAGUUUAUUUUAAAUGCAUCUUUUCUUAAAAGGAGAGAGUUUCCAGAAGAUUACUGAUUUUUUUAGAGGAUUAAGAGUAGAGUCCCACUGUUGGGCAGAAUAUUUACAUCAUUCAGGGUGAAGAUAAAUCUUCAAUAUUCUUAUACUGCUUAGAUAAGGUGUUCCUUUUGAUGAGGCCUUUCUAAGUUGUCAUAUGAUACUCUGAUUUAUAUUCAUCCCUUGAUUCACAAAUAUGCUUUGCCAUCUGCAGUAUUCCUUUGCCCUUCUUGUUAGUCUGAUUAACUUUUUUACUCCAAGGUGCUAAAGACUUAUUAUCUUAUUACAUACCCAGUGAUAUGUAAAUUCCAGACUUUAGAAAUAGGUCUUGACACAAAAUAGCUUUAAUGGAGGAAUUAUAGACAGAUGGAAAGGGAACAUAUUUUGAAGAAAGUGAACUUUAACCAUACAAAAAAGCAGUAUAUCUUACAGAAGCAGUUCUUUUCAGACUGUAUUUAGCAGAUGACUUCUUUGUUUACCAUUUUUGGAUAUGCUAAAUUUUUAAAAAUAUAUCCAUAAAUGUGGUUACGAGUUUCUGAGAUCUCUGCAUAUUUUCCUCUUGUUUCCUCUCCCAGCUUCCAGGAGAAAUGUCUGAACUGGGAAACAAAUGCUGCUGUAGCUCCUAUCCCUAAACCUGACUUUUCUCUGAGGUUCUCCUUUACUUGGUGAAAUCUUUUUUCAGACUUCUCAUUUAUUAAUUUCUUUAUUGCAUGAAAUUGAGUUAAAGAAAAUAAACAGCAUCAACUGUGAUAAUUUACAAUUCAAGACAAAGAAUCUCACAUUUCCUGUAUAAAGCUGUUUUUUCUAUUUCAAAAUACAAAACAUUGUAUUGUCUCACAGAUAAUAUUGACAACUUAAAAAUCACUCUAUAUUCAAAUUUAUUAUGGGAGUAAAAAUUUUAUAAGAUUAGUAACUAAAAGAGCAAAAGAGUAGGGUAGAAUGCAAAACAUAUUGAUGAGUUCUAGGGUGCAUAUAGUAAACAGAGUUAUCAAAAUUUAGGCAUAUGGUGUAUAUAUUUUUAUUGUCAUUCAGUCAAGCAGAAAAUUUUAUUAAUUUGUAAUUCCAUGAAGAACUCUUCACAUCAGAAACAACAGAAUUAAGAUAGUUUGUAAGAUACUUUGGUCUGAAAGUGUGCAUCAGUGGAAGUCUUAUUUAACUUAGUCAUCCUUUUGUUUUCACUUUGGGAAUACUGUGAAAUACUGCACUUGAAGCUUAUUUAGAGUUAAAAUUUAUAAUUUUCAUUAUAAUAAUAAACAUUGUGUCUAUAAUUAGAUGGAUAUGUUCUGCAUCUGGAAGCCAAUGUGAAUUUAGACACAUUUUAACAAAUCAAUAAAUUUUUUACUAUCUUUGUUAGUAUUCAUAUGCACAUAAAUAAAAGUUAUAUGAGACUCCAUGCUUUUAUACAGUGGGAAUGUACAAUUUAAUUUGCAAAGAGAAAACUAAGUGACUUCUUCCACCCUACCUUUUUUCUGCCCCAUUACCCCGCUAUAGGUAGAUAUUUUACAAUCCAUACCCUGCUAAAAUUAUCCUCCAUCUUCAAUGUAUACUAAGUUCAUUUUAACUACUUAAAUGACUGUGUUUGCAGUGAAAAUACAUAUAAGAAUGUUUUUUCAUAGUCUUAAGGAUCAUUAAGACAUGACAGUCCGAUUUUUCUUGUGGAAUGGCAGAAGAAAAUUUCUUUCCCUGUUGUUACUUCUGUGUUAUUCAUUCAAAUCCUUUCCAAAGAUAAAAGCAAAACAAAUUAAGCCAGAAAUUUUUUUUUAACAUAAUAGCUCUCUUUUUACCACUUUAGCAGCAUCCUUCUCAAGCCAUCUAUAUCCUUAUUGUCCAGACUUCCAGGAAGAUGGUGAAGUAGUAAGCAAUAGCGAAAGAUCCUCUCUGAGAGUUGCCAUCAAACAAUACAAAUUUUAGGCUGUUUCUUUACUUCAGUUGGUAUCAUUUCAGACUGCGUUCUUCUGAAUUAGGCAGUUGCUUAUGGGAGGAGGGGGAGGUUUCUUCUCUCCCAGCUCACGUGGUGGCUGGCUUAUGGUAGGACAAGCCUUCCAUCCUAGUUCUCCUCUCAGCUGACUGGCCCAUAGGAAUCAUGGCUUCCAUCUGGGCUCUACUUCUGUCUGAGUGGUGUGUUUUAGAUUUUCUUAUAUAACCACAAAUCUAGUUCAGAAGUUUAAAGGUGGAAAAUUACUGGUUACUUCAGUUUGCUGCAUUCGAGCCUGUGUUUGAUACUAUUGUUACUGAUGUUGUUACCACUUUAACCAAAAGUGGCAUAACUUUCCCAGGCAGCUAUUCUUCCCUGUAUUCCAAGGAUCAUAGAAAAUAUUGUGGGCCAGUGCCAAAGAACCACAGGCUGGACUAACCAGGCAGUAAACUCCCAAUCCCAACAAAUAAAAGAGGUAGAAUCUUACAAAAGACUUAAAAUCAAAAAACAGCUACAUCUGAAAGGCACUUCUGAGAAGUAGUCAUUUCCUAAGUUUUCUUUGAGCAACUAAGCAAAGGUAAUUUAUAAGCAAACCAGUCUCAGAAUUAAGCUACAAAGUGAAAAUAAUAGAAAAGAAAAGACGAGAACACUCUUAACCAAGAUACAACCCCAGACAUCCAGUUCACCAAAGGCUAACCCAAGGGGAAAUGAGUUGAGGAAAACUGAAAGCCAUCAACCUGACCUUUCUAAAGUGAUAACAACAAAGGGAUUCAAUGAGGCUCUAGAAAAAUCAAAUCAGAAACAAUUCCUCACAUAAAUGUCAUAAUGGAAUCCAUGCUUAGUGACUCUUGAGCAGAUGCAGGGAAAAAAAGAAGAAAAGAAAAGAACUUAAGAAAAUGAUGGAAGCCACGAAUGCCCAAAAUAGGAAAGAAAUGGAAUCCAUAAGACAUAUUUAAGAAGGUAUCUGGAAGAAUAUAAAUUCCACUGUAAGUAUGUACAGCAGGAUGAGACAAUGGGAGAACAGAAGUUUAGAUAUAAAAAAUAGGCUGCAUUUAGAGAUCAUGAAAAGAAAGAUUUAUUAUAACUAGCAAAGUGCCAUGAGAAAUUAAUUCAGCAGCUGCUCUAGACAGUGCAAACAAGGAUAACUUAAUAUUCACUAGAGUCAAUUAAAAAUCAGGAGAUAACACAAAUGCUAUUUUAAAAAAUCUGUUCACAGUCUUCCUGACAGAAAAGGUCCCUGGUAAAGAAAACGAAAUUGUUAUACAGAUAAGUGAGAGAUAUGAGACUCCAAUUAGCCAUGAUAAAAAAUUCUACAGCCAACCAUAUCAUAGUUAAGAUUUCAGAAAUGCAACUCUAGAAUACAACGUCAAAAGUCAUUAGUGAUAAAAAACAAAUCACCUAUAAUGGAAAACCCAUCAGAACCACAGCCAAUUUCUCAGCACAACCCUCAAAUUAAGGAGGGCUUAGAGUGAACUAUUUCAAGCUCUAGAGAAAAACAACUUCCAACCCCAAUUGAUGUAACAUGCAAAACUAUCUUUCAAAAAUGAUGGAUAAAUAAGAUACUUCGAUGACAAAUAACAUCUGAGAAGAUUUAUGGACACCAAGGCAGGACUCCAAAAGGUUCCAAAGAACAUUCUAUAAAGAAAAAACAAGGACUACAACUCCAUGAACUUCAAAAGAAGGAAUCUAUUAGGCAAGGUAAACAAUUAAACAGAAGGUGGAAAAGAGGAGGAGUCAAAAGCAGAAAGAAACAUGACAAGGAUAAGUUUAUACAUAUGAAUUAUAACCAUCAAUAUUAAGGAUCUAAAAUUCACCAAUCAAGAAUCAGAGACUGGCACAAUGAAUCAAUGAGCAAAAUCCAGCAAUAUGCCACAUAAAAACAUUUUAUUAAAAAUCAAAUUCAUAGACUGAAAUAUUAAGGAAGUAAAACAGUGCUCCUUUCUAUAGGAACCUAGAAAAAAAGCAGGGGUAGCUACUAUAUUUGCCUUCAAAGUGAAUUUCAAACCAAGACUGAUUUCUUAAGAUAAAGAAGGUCACUAAUCCUUGAAAAGGGAACAGUCCAAAAGGAAGAGACAGCAAUUAUAAAUACAUAUGCAACAAAUACCACUGCACCCAACUAUAUAAAAACAAAUAUUAACCAACAUGAAAUAUCAGAUAAACUCUAAUACACUUACAGUGUGAGGUCUCAAUACUUCCCUGUCACAAAAAGACAGUCAACUAGGCAAUAAAGUCAGCAAUGAAAUAUUAGAAGUGAUCCAAACUUUUGAUUAAAGGGACAUAUGGUUGUUUACAGAGUACUCAACUCCUCAACAUCAGCAUACACAUUCUUCUCAGCUGCACACAGGAUGCUCUCCAAAAUGGACCACAUAUUAGCUCAUAGAUUAUGCUUAAGUAAAUGCAAAGGAAUAGAAAUUAUCCCAUGUAUAUUAUCAGACCAUAAUGUGAUGAAAUUGGAAAUCAAUGUCAAAAGAAACCACAAGAACUACAUAAAUACAUGGAAAUAAAAUGACAUCUUUCAAAACAAUCAAUAGGUCACAGGUGAAAUUAAAAAUGAGAUAAGACAGUUUUUGCAACUAAACAAUAAUGAUAACACAGUAUACCAGACUUAUGAUAAACAAUUAAAACACCCCUAAGAAGGAAAUUUUUAGUAGUAAAUACCUACAAGGAAAACAGAGUAAGCAAAAAUAAACAACAUAGUUAAAGCACAAACUUAAAGAAAAAUAAGAGCAGGUCCAGCACAAAGCUUGUAUGAAGUAAAAAAACUAUAAAGAUCAGAGUAGAAGUUAAUGCUUUGGAAACUAAGAAAACCAAACAAAUAAUAAAUGAAAGAGUUUUUUCUUUGAAAUACUAAAUAAAGUCAACAAGCCUUUAGCUAACCUUAUCAUAAAAGGGGGGAAAAGACAUGAAUACAUGCAAUUAGGAAGGAAAAUGGUGAAAUCACAGCACACUUUGCAUAAAUCUAGAAGAUCAUCUAUACCUACUUUGAGAACUUGUAUUCUAAGACAGUAGAAAAUGCAGAAGAAGCAAACAGAUUCCUAGAUGUAUAUGAAUCACCAAAGCUGAAUCAAGAAGACAUAGAUAGACUAAAAAUUAAUAUUCAUCAAGGAAUUUGAAGAUGCAGUUGAAAAUCUCCCAAGAAAAGGAAAUCCCAGACCCUGAUGGAUUAACUGCUGAAUUCUACAAGAAACUUAGAGAAGACUUAAUAGCGCUACUUCUUAAACUUACUAAGGAAAAUGAAAAUACUCCCAAAUUUAUUCCUGGAAACAAGCAUUACCCUGAUAUCAAAACAGGAGGACACAACUAAGAAUGAGAACUAUAGACUAUUCUCCCUAGUGAAUGUCAGUGCAAAAAUCCUCAACAAAAUAGUGGCAAACAGAAUGCAGCAAAUUAUCAAGAAGUUUGUACACCAAGAGAAAGUUGGAUUCAUCUCAGGUUUGCAGAGUUGGUUCAAUGCACAUAAAACAAUAAAUAUAAUACACCAUAUUAACAGAGCAAAGGAUAAAAAUCAUGCGAUCAGCUCAAUAGAUGCAGAAAAAUCUGACAGCCUAGCACUCAUUCAUCAUAAAAACCAUACAGAAAAUUGUAAUAGAUUCUCUUUGUCUCAAUCUAAUAAGAUCCAUCUAUGACAAUCCAGCAGCCAACAUUAUGCUAAAUGUACAACACAAAGUUUUCAAUAACAAGACAAGAAUAAAAGUGUCCACUGUCUCCACUCUUAUUCCAGAUAGCCUUAGAAACAUUAGCCAAAGCAAUUAGACAAGUGAAAGAAAUAAAAUGGAAAAGAAUACCAAAGGAAGAAAUUAAACUAUCAUUAUGACAUGAUACUCUAUAUAGAAGAUACCAAAAACUUCCCUGAAAGAUGGCUAGAUUUAAUCAGCAAAUCCAGCUUCCUAGCUGGAUGCAAAGUCAAUUCUCAAAAAUCUAUAUAUUUCUUGUGUAUGAAUAAAAAACUCACAGAGAAACAAAUUAAAGAAAUAAUACCUUUCACAAUAGUGUACAAAAAUUGAAAUACCUAAAAAUCAAUCUUACAAAAGAAGUUAAAGAUCUCUAUGUUGAAAAGUAGAGUACUCUGAAAAACAAGACUGAAAAUAAUAUCAGAAAAUGGAAAAGCAACUCUUGCUCUCGGGUAGGAAGAACCAAUAUAUUGAAAAUGGUCAUGUCUCCAAAACAGUUAUUCAUGCUUAUUGCAAUUCCAGUCAACAUUCCACAGCAUAUCUCACAGAAUUUGAAAUCAAAAGAGACCUAGAAUAGCAAAGUCUAUUAUGAGCAAUGAGUCCAAGGAAGGGGGAAUCACAAACCAAAACUUGAAAUCAUACUAUCAACCUACUGUGAUAAAAGCACAUGAUACUGAAAAAGAACAGACCCAAGGAACAGUGUAAGAGAUUAAAAGAUCAGAAGCAAUUCCAGACAUCCUCAACCACCUUAUUUUUGACAAAGGUGCCAAACACAUUUAUUGAAAAGAAGAUGGCCUCUUUAAUAAAUGAGGCUGGGAAAACUGGCUUUGGACAUUCUGAAGAUUAAAACUGAACCCAUAUCUUUCACCAUGCACUAAAUUCAAAAUAGAUCAGAUAUCUAAAUAUUAAAACAGAAACAUUAAAUCUGCUGAAAGAUAGAAUAGGUAAAACUCUUGAAGAUAUUGAUGUUGGCAAAGACUUUAUGAGUAAAACCUUGAUCACACAGGACUUCAGAAAGAAUCAACAACUGGGAAUUCAUCUUAUUAAAAUAUUUUGCACAAAAAGUCAAAACACAGAAAGAGUGAUGAGACAACUCACAGUGUAGUUGCCAAAAACACUUGCCAGGUAUUCCUCAAACAAAGGAUUAUUAUUGAGAACAUAUAAAGAACUAAAAAAUAAGGCCUUCAAAAUUUAAAUCCUCAAUCCAAACAUUGACAUCUGAAUACAGACCUCUCAGAUGAUGAAUGCAAACAGCAAAUAAAUAUGUGAGAAAAAUGUUCAAAUCACUGGUCAUUAAAGACUUUGAAAUUAUAACAAAACUGAGAUUCUAUGUCACCAAGAAAGAAGAGCUAUUAUCAAGAACUCAGCCAAUAACAAAUGGUGGCAAGGCUGUGGGGGAAAAGGAACCAUUCUGUACUUUUGUUGAAAGUGUAGGUGGUUGCAACCACUGUGGAAAUCAGUGCAGAUUUCUAAAAAAAAAAAAAAAAAAAAAAAAAAAAAAAAAAAAAAACAACAACAACAACAAAAACAAACAAACAAAAAAAAACUAGGACUAGAGGUUCCUUUUUACCCAGCCAUUCCCCUCCUGGUUAUCACCCGAAAAGAACUAAAAGCAUCAUAUCAGAGUGACAUAUGUAUACUUAUGUUCAUAGCCACAUAGUUUGUAAUAGCCAAAUCUUGGAAGCAACCCAAGUGCCUAUCAACUGGUGAAUGGAGAAAGAUGGUGUGGUUUUUUAUAUGAUUAAGCACUACUCUGCCAUAAGGAAGGAUGAACUUGUGAUAUUUCUAAAAAAAUGGAUGCACCAUGAGUAGAUACUCUUAUAUAAAAUAAAUUGGACAUAAAUGUGUGUAUAGCACAUUGUUUCUGUGAUGUGAGAAAUGGAAAGUGUGAAUAAGGACCAAAAUAUAUUUUAAACCGGGAGUAAAAUGCUCAAAUGGGGAAAGGAACAGAAAAUAGGAGAGAGGGAAAGGAAAAAAGAGAAAAGUAAAAAAAAAAAUGAGAAAAGAAGGAAAACAUGGAAAACUUUAUGAGUGAGGAAGGAGGAGGGAUUGAAGGGACGGUAGGGAAAUGGGAAAAAAUAAGCUUCAUGUUUUUUAAGAAACCCGGUAAUCUUCUAUAAAUGCCAAGUUGCUAGGAAUUACACAUUUUGUGUGUUGUGGGACAACUCUUCUAGGAAGUGGUAAAUGGUUUGCAAAGGAAAAAUUUCCAAGUCUUUGGAAUCUUUCUUGCUAUAUUUUCUUGCAGUGAUGGUGGUGGGUUAAGAGUAAAAGAAAAACUCUCAAGUAAAUGCAGUUGUUUUAGUUUACAUAUUUCUCAGUUUGUAAAGUAUUUUAUGUAUGAAUCGAGUACAUAGGAGAACAAUUUGUAGCUUUCUUGAACUUUACUGACCAUUUCCUCAGUAGUACUUAUUUAGUCUUAACCACUACUUGACUUUGAGAAGACACUAUUUUUUUUUAAAUUACUGACACAUUCUUUUUCCUACUUCUUACUGCAUGUCUUCAGGCUCACCUAUAGUCACAGCCCUUAUUCAAGUACAUAAUUUUGCGUUGUAUCACUUCAAAGGAUGAUAGAGAAACUGCACCCUUCAGAGAACUGUCAUUAGACCUGGCUCCCAAAUCUCAAUCUCAUUCUCUCUUUCUCCAUUUCCCUCUUUAUUUCAUUUUCAUGUUUUUCUUCUUUUUUUGAAGGAGCUAUUCAAGAUGGUUUCUUCAUCAAAAUGGUGAGUUUUUAAAUAAUUUUA